UGACGUCAGAGUCGACAUGGCCAGCUAUCCCUACGGGCAGGGCUGCCCAGGAGCUGGAGGACAAGCACCCGGAGCCCCUCCGGGUAGCUACUAUCCUGGUGGAGGGCAGUAUGGCAGCGGGGUACCCCCUGGUGGCGGUUAUGGAGGAGGUCCUGCCCCUGGAGGGCCUUAUGGACACCCCAGCCCUGGGGGACUCCCCUCUGGGGCUCCAGGAGGACCAUAUGGUGGUGCGGCCCCAGGGGGCCCCUAUGGUCAGCCACCUCCCAAUUCCUAUGGUGCCCAGCAUCCCGGGCCUUAUGGACAGGGACCUCCUCCAGGUGGUGCCCCUCCCAAUGUGGAUCCUGAGGCUUACUCCUGGUUUCAGUCAGUGGACACCGAUCACAGUGGCUACAUCUCCAUCAAGGAGCUGAAGCAGGCCCUGGUCAACUCCAACUGGUCCUCGUUCAAUGACGAAACGUGCAUCAUGAUGAUAAACAUGUUUGACAAGACCAAGUCAGGCCGCAUCGAUGUCUAUGGUUUCUCAGCCCUGUGGAAAUUCAUCCAGCAGUGGAAGAACCUCUUCCAGCAGUAUGACCGAGACCAUUCGGGCUCCAUUAGCUACUCAGAGCUGCAGCAAGCUCUGUCCCAAAUGGGCUACAACCUGAGCCCCCAGUUCACCCAGCUCCUGGUGUCGCGCUACUGCCCGCGCUCCGCCAGUCCCGGCAUGCAGCUAGACCGCUUCAUCCAGGUGUGCACCCAGCUGCAGGCGCUGACCGAGGCCUUCCGGGAGAAGGACACGGCAAUGCAGGGCAGCGUUCGGCUCAGCUUCGAGGACUUCGUCACCAUGACAGCCUCUCGGAUGCUCUGACCCAGCCCUUCUGUAGAGAGUGGUGUGUACCAGGCGACCUUUCCUUGCUCUUUGGAGUGGGAGAAGUGUGUGGGCCGCUCUUCUUUUCCUGUCCAUCCUGAUGCAGCCCUGUUCCCCAAGAGGGCUAGGAGUCCUGUGUCAUAGCCACCAAAUAGUGGGGUCCUGGGUCAAGGCCACACAGGAGAGGACUGGAAUUUAAAUAUCCUUACAGCCCUGAGCAUUUAAGUGGCACAGCCUUGCAGCAGGAGCAGGAGAUGCGUCAUUGUAAUGGAGUUUGUGUCCAGUCGGCUGGGCUCCAGCCUCUAGCUUUCCCUCCUCUGCCCCAAUGCUAGUGGUAAGUGUUCAUAGGCCUCUUACUAUGAGCACCUGUGUCCCUUCACCCAUGCUGACCUGUCAGAUGAAGCCAGUUUCUCCAAAGUGGAAUCUGACUAAGCAUGAAAGAGCUAUGCCCAAGGGACCAGUGGCUUGGAUUCCACCGCCCCCAUGCCCAGAGUUCCUGCGUGUUAACUUCUAGCUGCCUGGGGGCUGUCCCUGCUCAAGGAGCUUGGACAGUCUGCUCUCUGGGCAUCUCGGGCCAGGCUACUGCACUCUGCAGCUUGGACCCCUCAUUUGCCCACCACUCUCUGCUUGGCUUCAGUCCCCAGGGGACAAUUGCCACCUCCACUGCCAAUGUCCUUUUUUGUUGUUAUUUUCAUUUGGGGCCAAAAGUUCAGUGAAGCCGUAAAUUUCAAUAAAAGGAUAAAACUCUGUUCCA